UUUUUGGUGACCAAUUCGAACCGACGUAAUCCACUCCUACCGGCCCUGUCCUUCGUUCCCGGUCUGUCGCUGCAAAUCGAGGUUGCCUUGGACAACCUUGUGAGUCAGUUCGAUCAAGGACGUUUCGGUCUACAGUUGGCCAUUUUGUCGAACGAAAGCCUGUUCAAUUCUGAGGACUACGUGCUACAUUCGCUGCUCACGAUUGACGAUGAAGUCACCCCGGGCAUGUUCGAAAUACAAAAUAUCAAUUUAGGUCAGGCGGUUCUCUACUUGAACGAGUCCGUACAGCCACAGUACAAACCGGAACCACCUGCCUUUAUUCAAAUCCGGCCAAUUUGUUACGUUUCCAAAUACGCGCGGGAUAUCAAAACCAGUCGGGAUGUCAAAAUUUGUAAACAUCGGAAUAUCACAUCAAGAGAUCAACGAGUGCCACUGAGACAAACUGUAGCAUCCGAAUAUUUUGGCACUCGUAUGCAUCAACAGUUCCAAGGUAUCCCAUUCAGGCAUGUCUGGGCCGAACGGUUUGAUCGUCAACCACCGGUUGGUAUUCGCAUUCAAAAUGUGUCGUUUGGGACACCGGAAGAUCGCUUUUACAAAGCAUCAAGCUAUCUGGUGUGGACAUUUUCACUUGGAUUCGGUAGUCCACCAGAGGAACGCAUGUCCACUCUACUAAUCGGACUCAUUGGUUUCUCGGUAAUACAAAAGCAUAUUCAGCGCAACUCCACUAUGCAUGCGUUGCAACGUGGAAGCACGUUGGGUAUGUAG